AUGUUGGGCCGCAACGUUUGCCUCGCCGCCUUGAUCGCCGGUGAGUUAGUUGGUUCUUUUCGGUUCGCCGUGCAGGUAACGGCGGUGCACUCGGCGGUGGCGGCCUCGUCCUCCAUCUGCAGCAAGGCCGAGGAGUGCUACGUGAACGGGUCGUCGUCCAAGGUCUGCAACCGCACGGAGAAGAAAUGCAACCGCUGCCUGGUUGAGGCCGACAGCGACUCGAUCUGGACCACGAUCGGGGCCUGGACCGAGUACAGCUGCUACGCCUACGACGACGAUGGAGAGUGUCCGAGCGGCACGACCGAGUGUCCUGCCAGUACGUGUGGCGUCGUGGAACAGAGGCUGUCGUAG